UAUAUUUGAAUGGCUUUUCAGCAUUAUUGGUGGUUUCACUAAUUGUAUAUUAAUGUAGUUAUCUUUGUUUCGUUUUUUUAUCGCUAUAUCUAUGAUUAUCCUGUGACAUAUCUUCUGCAUCAUAGUCGUUUAAGGGUGAGAAUAACCCCUUUUAUGACGAUAUCAUGUAAUUUAUGUGCUACUGUACUUCAGAAUUAAUAUCUACAUUUUGGAGUACAAUUUGCACCGUAUUAUUCUGAAUCAAGUGUCAUUCAUCAUUCCUAGGACUAUUGCUCUUCACGCUGGUUAUUCAUUCAUUUUUAUUAAUAGCGUGAUGUAGUUUUGGGAUUGUUUGACAUUCAUUUCGGUUUGUAUCUAUUGCCUUAGGAAGUAUUCUGUGGCUAAUAUCGAUUAUAUUUCGUUAGUCUUGUACCGUGAGGCUACAAUUGCUCUGGUUACCCAUCCGUUGUAUAUUGCCCUGGAAGGAUGGAUCGCAAUCCAGGUGGUGUGAAUGGCUCUGGCCGUGAUUUCAUGACAAAUAAAAACGACGAGUCAUCAACAGUGUAUGGUAGAGCGAUGGAUUCCAUUGUGCCCUCGUCAUAUUCAGGUCCUGACCAUAAAGGUUUUGGUGGAUCUGUAUCGGGUGCUUCUAACAGCGCUCUUACCCCGUUGCAUAAGCUAAUUGCUGGUAUCGACAAGCGUGUUAAUGGUAACCACCAUGGCUCUAGUUUUGAGACUGAUGCGUCUGCCGACACUUCAAUGAUCCCCCUAAAAUACUGUGGCAGUAGUAUGUUAGAUGCCAGUCGUUUUCGUGAAGAAUUCCGUAUUAUUAUGCGUAACAAAAGUGGUCUUGGUUUCCGUUUACGUGAGAAUUUUUAUUAUCGUAUUGUGUAUUUAUUUAUGAUUGCUUUGUAUGGUAUACUACUUGGUUGGAGUACUUCUUUAGAUUGGUCUCGUUUAUCAGGUCAAUGGAUAUCUACUAUCUUGAUAUUGCGUUGGUUAUUUGUUUUUGUAUUUGUCUUUGAUGCGGUUAUCCAAGGAUCUCGUUUUACGAAUUGGAAGCUUUACACUGAGCCUGAAUUUAUGGUAGACGUUUGCCUUUUGAUUUGUGAGGUUGGUACUCUUGUGUUUCAGACUAUUAUGAUAUCACGCCACUGCGUGAAGCCCGAGGAUCCAGGUGAAUUCUGCCGUAUUUACAUGCACAGUCUUAAGUUAUGGUCAUGUUUACCAUUGUUGCGUUUUUACAAGCUGUGCAAGUGCAAUGCGGAGCUGCAUUACUUGUCCAAGGGUAUUAUAUUGAGUAUCAUAUCACUGUUUUGGACAACACUUUUUGUAUGUAUGGUGCUUUAUGCAUCUGCUAUCUAUGCUACAUGGCGUUUUACCGAUGUCGUUGACGAAACCAUGAGUGAGCAUUGGGGUACUCUAGGACGAUCGAUGUAUACGUUGUUUACCAUAUUGACUCUAGAGGGUUGGAACGAGAUUAGUAGUGAGACUGCUAAUCACUAUCCCAACUGCAAGUUGUUCUUUGUUUUAUUUGUUUCAUUUGGUACAUUGACUGUGAUGAAUGUUGUUACUGGUAUCAUUUUGAACACAUUUCUGAGUUCCAAUGAGAAGUUAAGUGGCGAAGCUGUGAGCAAGGAUCGUUGUGACCGUUAUAUGCGGAUGUGUCAGGCAUUUCGUAAGGUUUUGGGUAAGCCGGAGGCAGCGGAUGAGCCUCGUAAUGAGUCUUAUCAUCCCCCUGAUGACUGUGAAUCAUGUAAGUUACGCGCUAUAUCUGAAGAAGAUGGUACCAAGCCUGGUAACAAUAUAGUAUCUGCCAUAACCCAUGUUGGUAAUGACUUUGUCUGUCGCGUGCGCAACGCCUUUGCAGGCCACAAGGAGAGUUCUAACACUGGAUCGGACCUUGAGCAUGGCACACCACACACUGAAGGCGUUAAACCGGCUUCCGAGGAAGCGGUUGCGGAUCAGGCAAUGCCACCGGAACCUGAGGUGGACGUUGCAGUAAAUCGUCAGACAAGUCCAUUACUUCGUUCACUUAUGGACGAAGAAGAUUUGAACAAAAUACAGGAACCGCCUAUAUCCAACAUAUACAAGCAAUUUGCCGACCUAACACCUAUGCCAAAUGCCCCUGUCCCAGGUGAUAUGCAAGGCCGCAACACUAAAAGAACUACCAUGCUCUUCAAGGGUGAAGGGGUAUAUGACACUAUCAUUGACAUGACUGUUUACGAACCUUGCGAGAUUCUAUCCGAUAGAAGGAUCAAACGUAUUCUUCGUGUAGCUGAUGUGCCAAUGUAUCAAGCAUACGAAGUACUGAAGCUAUACUAUGACCAUGGACUUCGGCGUGUAACGGUGACCGAAUUUGCUGUUGCGUGCGAGCGCAUGAACGGCACUGCUACUGGUAAAGACCUUCUAUCAUUCGAGGUUGGAUUUGCCAGUAGAAUUGCUAAUCUCGAAUCACGUAUCGCACAGCUUAACGAUAAGUUGGACGCGGUGCUACAACGCUGCUUCACGGGACAUGGCCCGUCGUCACAAAUCUAGCUAUCUCUGCGGAUUAUCGUGUUUAAAUGUAGAUAUGUUUCUAUUUUUAGUCGUAUGUGUAUCUCUAUG